AUCUUUUUUUAAUAUAUAUAUUCGAAUGUUGUUUUUGUCGAAUAAAAUUGGUUAAAUUUACAACGUUCUGUAUUCUAUUAGUUUAUAAAGAUUUAAUUUGUUCAGCACUUGAAGUCAUUCAGUUAUACUGAGGAUUAUCGGGAAAAGUGAAUCUGUUUUCAACCACAUAUAUUCAUAUCAUUAUUCAUCGGUAAACAAGGUUUUUUUGGUUAAGUUGUCGCUAGUUCGAAUGUUCGAAAUAUUUUCAAGGAAAUUCGAAAAUCAUGUCGACGGGUGAGGAAAAAUUGUCAAUUGCCGAAACUGUUGAGAACGAGAGAUCUCAAUCGCCUCAAUGGUUUCAAGAAAGAGCCGAGCGCAAUCGACAACGUGCAUUAUUAUUGAAAAAAUCAAAGCUCGUUGCUCAUCCUUAUGCCAGAGAAGAUGAUACGACACAAGCAAGAGUCCUCAAAGUUCAAGGAAAGAAAGUUGUUGACAGUGGUGGUGGCUUCCUCAUUGAAGAUGACCUUGAUUUAGAGGAGGAACUGCUGAAAAUUGUGGAAGAACCUGCUCCAAUUAUACUAGGUUUACCCAUUUGUGAAGAAUGCCAGAAAGAGUUCAAAGACUCUUGGUUGUUACAGAAAUUUGAUUAUUCUGUAUGCGAUUCGUGCAAAUCUAACGACAAAGAUGGCAAACAUUCUCUGAUAACAAAGAGCGAAGCAAAGGACGAAUAUCUCCUGAAAGAUUGCGACUUUGACAAAAGAGAGCCAGCCCUCAAGUAUAUUGUUCGCAAGAAUCCGCACAACAUGAGAUGGGGAGAAAUGAAAUUGUAUUUGCAGUUACAAAUUGAGAAACGAGCCUUGGAAGUGUGGGGCUCGGAGGAGACGUUAUUGGAAGAGAAAGAGAAACGUGAUGUCAAGAGACAGGAAACUAAAAUUAAAAGAUACAAUAAAAAAGUAAAGCAAUUACGUAUGGAAGUUCGAAGUUCGAUGUAUGACAAAACGACCAAAGCAUCGCACACUCAUGUGUUCGGAGGUGAUACAUACAACAAGGACGACGAUACUUACACCCACACUUGCACCGAUUGUGGUUACGAAGAGACUUAUGAAAAAAUGUGAACGAUUGAUAUAUUGAGAUGAUGUAUGUGCAGAAAAGAAUGUUUUGUUGAAACAACCAUAAAAAGUAUUACCCCAGGCAUAAUAUAUGAAGACAUAAAAAUACUCAAA